UUGCAUUGUGGGACAGAUGAUUGACGCGGCGGCCAUUUUCCCCUCUGGACGCUGCUUCCCAUUGUGGAUACGGAGAAGAAAAUAGAGACAAGCGAAACAUUUCUCACGACUUCUACUCACUUUUCCCCCAGGUGAUCUUCAGUAGCCAUGGCCCGUACCAAGCAGACUGCCCGUAAGUCCACUGGAGGCAAAGCCCCUCGUAAACAGCUGGCCACAAAGGCUGCUCGCAAGAGCGCUCCUUCCACUGGUGGAGUCAAGAAGCCCCAUCGUUACAGGCCUGGUACCGUGGCUCUGCGUGAGAUCCGUCGUUACCAGAAGUCCACUGAGCUGCUGAUCCGCAAGCUGCCCUUCCAGCGCCUGGUGAGAGAAAUCGCCCAGGACUUCAAGACUGACCUCCGAUUCCAGAGCGCAGCCAUUGGAGCUCUGCAGGAGGCCAGCGAGGCCUACCUGGUGGGUCUGUUUGAGGACACCAACCUGUGCGCCAUCCACGCCAAACGUGUCACCAUCAUGCCCAAAGACAUCCAGCUGGCACGUCGUAUCCGCGGGGAGCGCGCUUAAACACUCUCUCCUCUUAAUCUUUCUCCUUUCAACCUCUUCCUGUCCUCCCUUCACCAGUCUGUUUCUCCGUCCCUCUGCCCCUCACCCGCUCCCUCCCUCUCUCUCCCUCCCUCUCUCCCUCCCUGUGUUAGUAGUGUGUAGAGAAAAACUGAUUAUAUUAUGGAUAAAGUGUAUAGUCGUGUUUUCUUAGUGCUCUUGGCAGCAGACUUCUAGGGUACUCUCAUUUUGUGCAUGUUUGACUCUUUGGUGAUGAGAUCAACUCAAGCAUAUGUCUCCUAGUUUGCACUGUCUCUGAUUAGACAACGUGGGGUAAAGAAUGACUUGUGAACAAUGAGAGAACAUCUUGGAUAAGAGCGGUGCAAAGUUCUCCGGGAGAGAGACGGGAGGAGAGGGCAGGUAUUUGUCUGCUGGGGGACUCGGGUCUCUUUCUGCAGCAGGGUGCUAAAAGAACUUCCCCGGCCCUCUUCUCCUGCUCUCGAUCCUCUGCCGGCCUCGCUGAAAAACAUGCAGAGAUAACUGAGGUAGUCUCUUGGGGGCAGAGGGUGCAUGAGCGUUGACUCUGAUCACCUCAGUCAAUUGUAAACAAUCCAUCAGCAUCUUUGGAGUUGCUUUAUGAUUACCAUAUUGAUCUUUGCUGUCAUUUGUCUUGUUUUUUUCCCGUCAGAAAACGUCUCGCACAAACAGGAUAUAUUUUUUUCACUUCAACUAUUUGGUGAUGAAACAGACAUGGGGGGAUAAAUCAGAUUCAAACACAGAACAAACAGAAAAAAACAAAUUUGAAGAGAUUUUUCUACUGAAAUACGAAGCUACUGACCUGUUUUGGCACCAAAGUUUGAUCCUCUUGUUGACGCUCUUUUCCUAAAGACAGAAGAGUUGAACCUCACCUGUUUUGUGGUGAUAGAAUUGGUUUCCUCUAUUUAAAGCCAAAGCCUUAGAACUCGAGUACAGUGUCAGAGAAACUUUUGUAGCAGCGGCUGAUUUUUUUUAAAUGAAGGACCUUUAGUAAGAAAGGUUCAUGAGGUUUUUAACUUUAUCCAAAACCAAAAGAUCUUCGAGUGUGAUAAUUUUUUAAAAAACAAAAUAAGUGAUUAAAAUGUAAAAAAUAACUGUAAAUCAGUGUUACAUGACUAAUGAAACAGGUCAUGUUUUCUGUACAUGUCCCCCCUUUUUUCUUUAUUUUUUCUCCAGAUCCGUCGUUAUACCGUCUCUCAGGUUGACUUAUAGCUUAAUUUUUAUUUUUGGCUCAGUUUGAUUUUAUUUUUCUUUUGGAAAUGUUGAGGAUACUGUUUCAAUUAAACAAUGUUUGUAAUUUCCAGAUUUGUCAUAUAAGGUGGUAAUAAAUGGAUGUUACACUCAUG